AUGGAGAAACAAAAUGUGAAUACCCUCGAUGGGGGGAUCCCUGAGCAAUCUAUUUUCCGCCCGGAGUCUGACUUGGCUCGCUAUAUCCCUGGAGGAUUCUCACCGUCCAGAUGUAUGAGACUACAGGGCAAGUCGAUGACAUACGCCAUCUUUCUCUUCGCUGGAUGCGCAAUUCUAUUCUUUGGCUAUGACACCGCAGUAAUGAGCCAAGUAAACAACAAUGCAGAUUACAUGCAGCGGAUGGGGGUUGCCAGUGGCAGCGACAGGGACGCCGCGGCCAUUGGUGGACUCGUCAGUCUUUGGUUUGGAGGAUUUGCCAUUGGCGCAUUGCUUGUUGGAUACGUCGCUGACUCGAUUGGACGCCUCAAAACAAUCCAGCUGGGAUGUCUUUGGGGAAUCCUCGGGGCUGCUUUGUUAGCUUCGGCUACCAAUAUCACCUGGUUUGCUUUUGCCCGAGUCAUCAGUGGAAUUGGAUGUGGUCAUUUGAAUACGAUGGUCCCUGUCUGGACGUCAGAGUUGGCGGACCCCCAUUUACGAGGCGCGUUUGUCGCUGUUCAAUUCACAUUGGCAAUGGUAGGAUCCACAACUGCCUAUUGGAUGGAAUUCGGGUGUCUGAAGACACAAUCCCUCUCUUUUACCUGGCGAUUCCCACUCGGAUUUCAGAUCGUCUUUUUACUGUUCAUUCUAGCCGCGGCCCCAUUCUACCCUGAAUCACCUCGUCACUUGGCCAAGAUUGGGGAUCUCGAAGGGGCUCGCUCGGUGUUGGAGAAAUGCCGUGUCGACAAUAAUGAAAAUGCCAUUGAUACCGAGAUGGAGGAAAUUGUGUCGGCCAUUCGUGCCGAGGCUACCUCGACCUCACAUAGCUUCUACAGCAUGCUGUUCACCAAGGAUAAGCUCCACACCCGUCGUCGAGUCCUUAUUGGCUCUGGUGUACAGGUAAUGCAAAAGCUAACAGGUAUUGACUUCAUUGCGGUAUACGCUCCUAACAUGUUCGCAUUGUCUGGAUUCAAAGGAGAUAAACCUGCUCUUCUGGCAGGUGGAAAUUGGUUUGGAUACAUCGCGAGUCUUGCACUAUCUAUUUAUCUCUGUGAUCGUGUUGGACGAAGAAAGUUGAUGCUGACGGGAUGUACGCUUAUGGGAAUUGUCCUUAUUGUUGGGGGUGUUCUUUCUCAUGAGACAAUCUCUCAUUCGGAGACCGACUCGAUCUUAGCCAACAAGUAUGGCUCAGGAGUAGCAGCUGUUCUAUACAUUUAUACUUUUAUUUACGGUAGUACCUGGCUCACGACUUGCUGGGUAUAUCCCACAGAAGUUUUCCCCCUCGCAAGCCGAAGUAAGGGUGCUGCUCUGGCUACCUUUUCUUUCUCCAUUGCCGGAGGAACCAUCAACAUGAUCAUUCCCUAUCUGAUUGAAGCGAUUGGGUUCUGGGUGUUUAUUCUAUUCGCGCUGAUUAACCUGGCUUUAUUAGCACCGAUCUACCUCUUCUACGCUGAAACUGCAAAUCGCCCUCUCGAGCAGCUUGAUGUGCUUUUCUCAGGGCCUAGCUGUCUUGCCUGGAGAGCAGAGAAACACUUUACUGAGAAAAUGAACGAGCAGGCAGGGAUUCUCGGCGACGACCAGGAGAAGGCAUUCGUGGAACAAGUGGAAUAA